CCAUUUGCGGGAGCGCCUAGCAAGUUAGCAUAGCUCGCCUUUUUUCUUCUCCGCCUUCCUAUUCCCCCCACCCCUCACGCUUUCUCCUCCCUCCCAGUUCCUGGCUGUGUCAAGCGGCGGCCGCCACCACCAACGUGGAGAGCAGAAAGCUGCCUCCGAACGUUGGGGUGGCUUCGAACGGGCUCCUCGAGCCGAGGCGCGAGCGGUAACCGUUGGACGGUACCAACGGCCUUUCGUUGAGGAGAGACGCCCCGCCGGGCGGUACCGAUUGAGACAACCCCGCACCUGUUGGUUCUUUCUUUCAACCGCCUCCCCGCACCCACUCGGGGUUCCGGCGGCUCCCCCUCAGCGCGUCAGGCAGAGAAACGCCCGCUCGCCCCGCCGCAGCCGGCUCGAACCGGAGCAGCCGCCGCCAUGGCCGAGACCGAGGAGAGGAGCCUAGACGACUUCUUCGCCAAGAGGGACAAGAAGAAGCGGCGGGAGAAAGGGAGCCGGGGUGCCGCUGCUGCCGCCGCAUCCUCGGCCUCCUCCGCCUCCAGCGCGCCGGGGGGAGCUCGGCCGGCCGAGGGGGGCUCCGGAGCCGCCGCCAGCACCGCCUCCUCCGCCAGGGCGGCGGUUAAGGAAGAGGAUGAAUGGAAGGAAUUCGAGCAAAAAGAAGAGAUUGACUACAGUGGGCUCAGAGUUCAUUCCAUGCAAAUAAGUGAAAAAGAAGAUGAUGAAGGUGAAAAGAGAGAAGAACCAGGUGACAACUGGGAGGAGGCUGGUGGUGGUGUAGAGAGAGCAUCUGGUCCUUGGAACAAGACAGCUCCUGUGCAAGCACCUGUUGCUGAAACUAUUGUUACAGAAACCCCUGAACCAGUGCAAUCCAGUGGUGUAUACCGACCGCCUGGUGCUAGGGAGACCAGGACACGGAAAGCACCACAAGGACCACCAGAGAUCUAUAGUGAUACACAGUUUCCAUCAUUGCAAUCCACUGCCAAGCAUGCAGAUAGCCGAAAGGAUAAAGAAAUGGAGAAGAGCUUUGAAGUAGUAAGACACAAAAAUAGAGGUAGGGAUGAGGUCUCAAAAAACCAGGCACUUAAACUUCAGCUAGACAACCAAUAUGCUGUGCUUGGGGAUCAGUAGAGCUGCAUACACAUUACAAUUAAGGAAUGCUUUUUUGGUAACCCUCCUACUAAGGUAACUAAACUACAGCUAACGACUAUGAUGAACAUACCAUCUUAUUUCUGCUGGAUCUGCUGCGGCAAGUGCAGACUACUUUGACAUAAGUGAUUGCUCUCGCACUAUGGAAGCAUAAUGUGUUACAACUUUCUUCUCCAUUGGAUUUGGGGGAAAUUAAUGUAAAUGGUUGAACAAGAUUCAUCAGUGUUCUUUAAUUACUCUGAAAAAGUAUCUACAGUCAGUGGUCAUUUCAAAAUCUUUUUAUGUUCAGAUACUGAGCCUUCGUAAGGGUUGACUACCUCAGACUUGCUGCACUCAUUGUGGACACCAUGUGGAUCACAACUUCUGGAAAAGAAGGUUACAACUGUUGUAGUGGCCAUCUGAAACUUGAAACCAGCUUCUCUACUGGGUUCCUGUCAGAAAUCCUGCAGAAGUCAGCCAUUUGGUUCUGAUUUGCUAUAAAUAACAAAGAUUUAAGUGACCUUAAUGAGAAACCUGUCUGGUGUCCCAUCCUGAGGAAUCCUUUCAUAUGUAGCCAUAGCCUACUAGAGACUUUCUGGAGCAUACCACUUUCAAAAACUAUCAAAGUAUAGUACCAAGCUGUAGUUUGUUUACCUUUUUAGAUAGAGCUGUACUGAGGUAACCGCAAAACAAAACUCAUUCCAAUACAAAAUUGGAGGGUGUAUGGGGUGGGGAUUGAUUGGGCUGUUUGCAUUAGCCAUUUUCACAGUUGUGUUCAAGCGUUUUCUUUGUUCUUCUACCAAAAAAUGCCUUCCCUGUUUCUGGUAUAAAAUUGCAGUAUACUCGAGUAAAAAUGUGAAAUACGUUAAUAGUGAUAAGUUUAUCUUGGUUUUCAUAAUUGGGUCGCUUCUCUUCCUCUGAGGGACUAGGACUUCAGUAGGCUUUGAUUUGGUACACAGCAGAAGCCUGUGCUCCCACUCUAGUCUUCAGAACAUAAUUUCAAAAAAUACAUGCAGUAUACAGGGCAGUAGUAAUAUUAACCUCAAGAUGAGUUUUUCUGUUGUAGCAAAAGUAACAGCUGUCUCCAACCAAUCCUAUCGUAUAUGGAUAAGCUGGUAUAAGACUCUGAAGGAAGGAUAACAUCAAACCUAGAGAGAUUUCAUUUGUUAUGGCUGCUUCAGAUCACCAUGUGAGCUUGCAAACUGUUCCAGGCAGAAAUCCUCACUUUAAAUGGCAUUUUCUCAACUGCAGGAAGCCUAGUGACAAUGGAAGGAGUGACAGCUUUGUUCAAUUUUUGGCCAGCUCUAUUGACUUAAUUUAGUGGAGAUAAAUACAAUGACAUGUGUAUGCUAAAGCUAUAGGAUAAAUAAUACCCAGUUGCUUCUAUACAAUGAAAGAGAAUCUGACAACCACCCAAACUCCCCCCGGGCAUACCAUCUGUCUUUCCCCUUGCUUUGUUUAGUUUGUUUUUAGUAUGCUAGUUAAGUGAGUAAGCACCUCUUUCCAAAUCUAGGUUUCUCCCUGUAAAUGUGAAUGCCAAAAGGAGGAGCUGCAGACUUAUUCCCUUGUCCACUUCAUACUUGCCAAUGGCAAAACAAUCUUACUGAUGUGGUAGUACUUUACGUAUUGGAGACCAGGCUUGGUGGCUCAUGCAGAAAUUACGUGGUUAGUUUCCUUUGAUUUAAUUGCUCUAAAGUCUGUUUCCUUUGAAGUCUGUAAGAAUCUUGCUGUUGACUUCAGUGGGAUCAGGGCUUGACCCGGUUCUCACAAUGUGCUUGGUAUAGAACUGGCCUUAAAGCCCUUGUAGAGUUAACUUUCUCAGUAAAAUUUCCAAACUAGCAGCUAUGAUUAGGUAGACUGAUCAAAAGACAAAUUAAAAAACCUGAAGACUUUAUUUUGAGACUCAAAACCACUAAAAGUAGAUUUACAUGGCUCAGAGUCCAACAGUAUUAAUGUAUCUUUCCUGAAAGAAUAUCUGUGCCAACAAAACAUUCGUUGGUUUAUGUCACUAAAAGUUUAAGAUUGUCCUAUUUGCAGUAAAAGUGUCACUCAAUCACAUGGUAGAAACCUGAAAUACUAAAUCCCAACUUUGUUCUGACAUUUUAAAGAAGAAUAUUGGAAUUGUUAAUGCACAUGAAUCAAGUUUUUAAUAUACUGUAUGAUGGGUAGAUGAGGCUGUCCAUUGUACCUUUAUUUGAAUUCUCAGGCAUGGUUUUGGCAGUGCAAGAAAACCUGUAACAUUAAUAAAUCUAAUAAAGUGGAAAUAUACAUGGAUCCUGGAGUCAAAUGUAUCUUUACCUGUAGUCCCAGCCUACACCAUGCAGCAUUUAAAUAAAUGGAGGAUAACUGGAUAGCUUUGGGACAUAAUGGAGGUGUGCAGUCAUUAAGUUCAAAUCCAGGUCAGAAGAGCCAAAGUUAACAGCUCAUGGCAAUGUUUGGUACUACAUAGCCUUCAUAUAGUGUGGUAGCUGGACUGGGGCCUCUGGAUAGUAUCUAAUUCAAAUCACCAUCUGUUUUUAGCCCUAAGUGGCAUUCUCAGCAGUGUCCAUAGACUGAAAGGACACAAAAUGGACUAAGUCUUCACCUUAAAGGUGGGUCCUCUUCUUUGGAGUUUACUACUCCCUAUUCAGUGGAUGGAAGGAGGUUUUUAAGACUACUCGUGAAAAGUCACACUUUCUUAAACACAAUACAUGUCAUUCUAAGUUCUUGCUAGAAUAUCUUCACAAAACAAGGCAUCUGGAAUUUUUGUAGGGACUUUUCUGAUUAAGCAGUCCAUUUAGGGAGUUUAACAAAAUCCAAAUUAAGGCAUGUAACUUCAUUUUUUUGUUAAAGGAUGAUAUUUAGCACCUUACUGCAAUAAAACAAAUAUUAUUUUGAAUCACACUCCUUGCAGAUGUAAAAAUGACCUACAAGUACAAUGACCUGUCUGAAAUGAGGUUCGGAUUUAUAUGGCUGCUAUAUUCCACUUUAAUUAAACAUGAUAAAUGUCAUUUGAAAAUUAUGCAUGAGCUCUGAAGCCUUAUUUUAAAAUGAAGAAAAUUGUCACCUUUACAGCAGAAAUAUAGUCAAAAUAUCAGUCAGUGGUAUCUAGUUCUGUGCAACUUCAAAUGACUUUACUUGUGUAAACACUCAUGUGGGUAACAUAGAGAUUUAUGAUGUAAAAGAGCAUUUACCUCAAUGCGUGUCUUAGGCAGAAGAGAGAUGACACACAAUUAAAAAGCCAUUAGUAUAAGAGAGCGUCCAAUUACACUAAAAUUGGUGCACAAGGGAAUAGUUUAGAUUUGAGUUUUUGAUGGCAACCUAAGUUUUUUGGUGUAUGAUAAAAUUGCUAAAACUGGAAAAACUUUAGGAGGUGUGGGGAGGGAGAAUGUGCUUAUACUAUCUCCUGGGGCUUUCUCCAAAAUAGGAUUUCCAAAACCUCAGCUACAGGAAUAUUGGCAUGUACGCUAAUUAAUUAUAUCAGAAAGAUGUAGAGCAGAGUUGCUAUUUAAUUCAACUCUGUUACUCUAGACUUGUCUUGCUUAGUCUCAAUCCAAAAGUAAUGAAGCAAUAGCUAAAUAGCUGCCAUGCAUGGUAUUUGAUUUCUACUACUUUUUUGUAGCCAGCUUUAUCAAACUUUUCCAGGGAAACUCUCCUAACUUUUUUAAAAAUCUAUUUUUAAAUCAUUCUUUUAAGUCUUCUCUAGGGUUCUCUGACUUCAUGGAGGCUCAUUUCAUAUCUGAAUGUGUGGCCUUUGGUUUGUAGAAACUACUACACUUCCAUAUGCUGAAAUUUUUAACCCAUCUGAUUUCCUUGGUCUGCUCUGAAUUUGACAGCAACAAAGACGGCAAGACUCCUGGAGGGGAGUUUGUUUACUCUUGCUAUGAAAGUCAGCAUCUCUUAGACACACAGAGGAAUUCUUUAGUUAUGACUCUUUGCCUAAGUGCCAAAACUCGAUGAUAGUCGAGUCUUUCCUUGACAUAACACAAUUUCAGGUAACAUAAACAUGCUGCUAAUUACACUCUCAAUCGCCUACAUCCCUUUACCUCCUCAGUAGUGUGAGCUAUUCAAAGAAAUGUACUUCAGAAAAUACACCUCUCUGCUUGAUAUGUAUGAUGAUCCUGCUGAUUUAAAAAAUAAAACCAGAUGUCUUUGGCCCUUAGCAAAAGCUUCCCCCUCUCCCCGGAGCACAAAAAAGAAGCAUCUUCAUUCUCUUGUGCAGACCUGUUGUAAGUCUGAGCAUCCUGCAGUUAGUUAAUCUGUUUUUCCUAAAUAGACUUCUAAGGUAAGACUGGGUAUGGGCAUUUUCAUUCUAAACUCUGUUUUUGCUGAAUCAGGGUUUAAGUGAGAUGGUGGUAGAAAACAUGCUUGUAAAAUUUUAGUAAUCUAAAACAGCUGUGUCUGGCACAAUACUCGAUAGUAAAAACUGAAAAACUUCUGUGUAGAGUUGAGUAAAAACUUUCAGGGAAAAUAUAAAUAGAAGUUAAAAAUCAAAGAUCCAAGUUUAGAAGGGGAGGUGUUAUAUUGGGUCAGCUUGAGGUAGGGAGAAGGAUAUUCAGUUUAUAUUAGAUGUAAAAACUUGAGCAGAAGACACCACUCAGAUACAAAUUUUAUAUAUAAUAUAAAAUCUUCAAUGUUAGUUUGGAUAGAAAAGAGGUACUGCUUAUUAAGGAAGUAACUUUGUUUCUCAAGCACUAGUGUAGCUGUUGUAUAUUCAGUUUCAGACACAAUGAUACAGGAACAAUUUGAAAAGGGGAGGGAACAAAAAUAAGGCCUGUAAGUAAUGGUUAAAGUGUUGUGUACAGGAUAGAAGAAGGAGGUUGUGUUGGAGGAAAAAUGCAAUAGCUUCCGUGCUGAAGAAUGCUGUAGAGAUGAAGAGGAGCAGUUCUUGUUGGUCAAAGGUGACCUACACCUAACAAUUUAAAUUGAAGCAACGAAAGUUUGAAAAUCAAGAGCGAAGGAAAGCCUCAGAAUGCAAAAAAAUACAUAUUGGGAAAUGGCCUUUGGUGAGGUUGUGGAAUUGUCAUCUGUACAAAUCUUACAAUCAAGUCUCUAAACUACCACACCUGUUUUCAGUAAAUUAGGAUAGUGCCAAGUUGCAAGAUCCAUUUAUCUUGAAUAAAACAAUAAAAUAAACUGUAAGAUCUAAUUAAAACAAAAAUAAUUUCCCCCUCCAACUACUUAAAUAAAAAUUGUGACACUGAUCCAAACUGUUGUGAAGAUAUCCAUGUGUAUUUCCUUUUUUAUGAAGCAGUUUCUAAUAGUAUGUUUGAUUAAAUUUUUAUAUGCAAUUGCUCAGUUACAGUAGACUAUAUAUCAAGCUUAGUGAAGUUUCAGUGGGCCGCCUAACUAGAAUAUGGAUAUUCAGGGUGGUGUACCAAAGUAUUAAGUCCUCAGAAAAAGAGUGGCACAUCUAGGAAAUCUGACAUGGAAGAUCUGGUCCAAAAACAAGCAAGAACAAGAGGAAGAAUGGUCAAUAGAAGUUAAGGCACAGGUCUAAGAAGCAAAUCUGGGUUCUAUUCUCAGUUCUUUCACUGACGUGCUGUGGAACCUUAGGCAAAUAAUUUAACUUCUGUUCCUCAGUUUCCCCAGCUGUAAAACAGGUCAUAUUUCCCUACCUCACAGGGGUGUUGUGAGGCUUAAUCCAUUCUUUGUAAAGUGCUUUCAGACCAUUUGAUGGAAGGUGCUAUAGUGUGCAGAGUAUACAAAUGAAUUAGUCCAGUGCUGUUGGUUGUUUCAGUUAUAAUAAAAAGAUAUCUGGAUUAGUUUUCAGUACAGUAGUUCAAUACUACUUUAGGGAAAGCUUAUAUCUAUGAAAUGUAAUAUACAUUCUAUUAUAUUUAAGUAUUAUGGGAUCAUGUAACUACAAACUUAUAAUCCAUACAUUCAAGGGGCAUAGUUAAGGUUGUGCAUUCAACCUUUAAUUGGCAUUUCCUGAUUUUGUGUGAUUAACUAUGCAACCCUAACAUUGUAUUAACAUAAGUUGUUUUGUUUUUUGCAUGGAAUAUAUUUAAAAUCAGUUUUGUCAUUUUAUAAACCCCAUGAUGGAAAUAAAUUUCUGUUCACAUUGUUGUUUAA